GCGGCUGCUGAUUGGCUGCCCGCCGCUGCCCGUCACCGGAGCGCAUUCAGCCCGGGCUCAGGGGCGCCUGUCCCUUUAAGAGGUCAGGUGACUCCGGGCUGAGCGCCGUCUCCUCGGGUGUGCAGGGCGUCCGCGGGCGAGCGCCGGGGGCUCAGCAGGCCUGUGACGUCAUGGAGCCCCAGCUUCCGUCCCCGCUUCACCUGUGGAGGCCUUACUCUGAGGGGAGGGGCAUGGAGAGCGGUGAGAAGGCCCCGCCCCCGGAGAGCGCGGCGUGCCCCCGCGGCAGCGACGACCCCGUGCUCCUGGACACCUGGUACGUCAUCAAGCCCGGAAACACCAAGGAGAAGGUGGCCUUCUUUGUGGCGUAUCAGUGCGCGGGCAGCGGCCCCUCCCCCCGCCCCGGAGGGGCCAAAGUCAAAGGUCGCUGGAGCGCGGGGGGCAGUUCCCGGGCCAAGCGGCGUCGGCACACCUUUGAUAUUGAAGCUCCUCCCUCUGUAGCGGAGAUGGUGGCCCGAGCCGAGAGCCGGGGGCCCGAGCCUGCCCCAGCCCGACCUCCGCUGGUCCUGGUGACGUCCUCAGAAGACGGGGGGGAGGGCCGCUGCUGCAGCGUGGCCGAGGCCGUGGCGCAGUACGAGGCGGAGCGGGCAGGCCGGGAGGUCCGCAUCGCCUUCCGGGUGGCGGAGAGGCCCGGAGACCCCAUCACCUGUGACCUGUACCAGCUGCUGAGUCCGGACCCGCACCACGUCUGCGUCCUGCUGGAGAAGAUGGAGGCGCAGCAGGCGGAGGAGGCGCAGGCGGCCGACUCUGGCUUCCACGUCGACCUGGUGCUGACCGGAGCCGUUGACCGCUGUGUCUUCUACGGGGGGGAGGCCGAUGAGACGGAGCCGCUCCCCGGACAGCUCUUCUUUCCCGUCAUCUCCGCCCCCCCUCCCCCACCACCUCCCCCGCCGCCGGUCCCUCCGCUCUGCCGCCUCUACCGCCACGUCUCCCAUGACUUCCUGGAGAUCCGGUUCCAGGUUCAGCGCCUCCUCCAGCCGCGACUCUACCUCCCCUCGCUGCCGGACCAGGUCCUCCUGGCGGUCUUCAGCUACUUGUCCACGCAGUCGCUGGCGGCCAUAAAGUGCACGUGCCGCCGCUUCCGGGCGCUGAUCGAGGACUACGGGGUGCGGCCGUGUGACUCUCGCUGGAGCCAGCACCCCCUCUACCGGGACGACCCCUGCAAACAGUGCAAGCGGAUCUACGCGCGCGGAGACGUGUCCAUGUGCUGCUGGCACCCCAAGCCUUACCACCACGACCUGCCCUAUGGACGCUCCUACUGGAUGUGCUGCCGCAGGGCCGAGCGGGCAGCGCCAGGGUGCCAGCUGGGCCUCCAUGACAACAACUGGGUGCUGCCAGGAGAAGGGACCCGCGGGAGGGGACGGGGGUACAGGGAAGGGGAUGAGGGGAGGUGAGACGGCGAGAACCAGUGUCCGAAUAAAAGGGAUUAUUUAUGAAGUG